AUGCUUUCCAUAGGUAACUAAUUUUUCAGUUGUUUUUUUUUGAUUAUUGAAAAUUUCAGUGAUAUUUAUGAUGUACGUCUAUCGUCGAUUGUGCACGCGGAGCCCAGUUUUCGAGCACAUUUUGUGCGAAGAGGAGGAUUUUCCGAUUCCGAGACCGAUUACGCCGGGGUGAGUUGGAAGUCCGCAUGGCCCGGAACUUCUAGUCCUCUUUUUUUUUUUUAGAAAGUCAAUAAAAAUAAUUUGAGACCCGAAUCGUUUCGACGCAAUUCCGCACAAGCACAAUAUCGGCUGCUGAUCAAGAGCAAAUUUGAGCGAGAAUUCGGAAAAUCGCGCGCCGAAUGCGGACUUUUGAUGCCCGUCCGGCUGAUUACGUCCGUCUCCGAGGAGGACUGCGACUAUUGA